AUGCUCUCACGACUAAUUCAUUAUUGGGCUUCAAAAUAUAUCACGGAGAAGCUUUUAGCCAGUGAAGCAUUUCACAGAUUCGCAAUUAAAACACAUCGAAAUGUUUCGAAAUUAACAGAUCAAGCUUAUCCGUACGUAGAUGAAAGCAUAAAACGCACGAAAAUAUUUACUGAUAGUUUUAAAGAAAACCUAAAACGUGAAGCUGAAAAAGCUCAAUGGCCUAA